GCUCGGUGUGCGGCUGACAGGAAGAAAAGAGGCCAGCAGCAACAAGUGCUGUGCGCAGGCUGCAAGUCCCCGCUGUUGUUGCUGGCGCCGCGCUCGACUGCACCGCACUCCUGCUCGGGGAAGGGUGUGGCUGAGAGGCAGCCUUGGAAGCUUUGCGCCUCCCUGCUGAAGAAACUUGGGACCGCCAAGCAAAUCGGAUUCGGACGACCUGGGCUGAGGGGUUGCCUGCCCUCCUUUCUCUGCUCUGACUGACAAGAGGAGUGAGUGGAUGGCUGGGUUGCACCUGAACCAAAUGCAGACCAAUCCCCAGCUGCCUGAAGGAAGUAUUGUGAGAACUGCCAGUGCAAAAGAUCAUUAGAAAGACUAACUUUCUUCACCAUAGCAGCCAUGCUGGACUGCACACUACUGCUUGGAUGAACAGCAUGUUUCUGACAGUCAAGGCAUUUAGGCCUGCACCAUUGUUGUGGUCUCAAGUUCUCUUCAGUCUCCUCUUCUGUGCCCUUUCCUGUUAUUGCACUUCCUGCCCCCAGCAGUGUCAGUGCACCAACUACUCAGGAGAAACAGCUGUCCUGUGCAGUGCUAGCAAUCUGGAAGAAAUUCCAAAGGAUAUUCCCAAAGACACCAUGCUCUUGAGGCUGGAUGCUAAUAAGAUCACUGCAGUCCCAAACAGCACCUUCAGGCACCUUGCCCACUUACAAGAGAUAGACCUCUCUAAAAAUGCCAUUGAGAAGAUAGAUUCUGCAGCAUUCAAGGGAGUGGCUGAUGGCUUGAGAUUGCUUGAUCUUUCUGGCAACCACAUUCAGAGAAUCCCGAAGGAAGCCUUGUCCAACUUGAAUGCCAUGAUUCGCCUUUCCAACAACCCUUGGCACUGUGAAUGUACUUUGCAGGAGGUCGUGUGGAAAGUGAAGCUAGAUCCUGAAUCAGUCAAUGAGAUCACCUGCCAAACAUCUGUGCAAGAAGAGUAUGCCGGAAAACCUCUGCUCCCUAUCCUUCAUUCAGGCAUCAACUUUUGCAACAUGCAUGAGAAAACUACUGAUGUGGCUAUGUUCGUUACAAUGUUCAGCUGGUUUACCUUGGUAAUUAGCUAUGUAGUGUACUAUGUUCGCCACAACCAAGAGGACACAAAGAAGCAUCUGGAAUACCUGAAAUCUCUUCCUAGUACACGGGUUCCUAAAGAAACCAUCAGCACUAUCCUGUAGUCAGGAAUGCAGAUGCUCAGCUGGACAUCCAGUUGUCUAAAGGAGAGAAUGUUGGAUUGGGGUAUAGAAUUUUUAUUUCAUAUUUAUUCUGCAAGAGGGUUGGGUUUUUUAAAAAACAGGAUUCAGUUAAUGAAAAAACACUUAUGUUCUAAACAUAGUAAGAAUUCCUAAUCAAGGUUUACCAUGUUCUCAGUUAUAUUCCCACCACUGGGGUCCUAGAGCAGAAAUUAGAGAGAGCUCUGUAAAGGGGACUGCUAUUCAGGAGAACACUGAUGUACACCACAGGUAUCCACAGAGGCUUGAUACAGUGGGAGAGAACUAAAAAACCCCACAGCAGAGCAGCCAGAAUCUUGACAGAGAUGCUCAUGGUAUCACAGAAAGCCUAUGUGAUUGACUGUUGUUUGAUAGAUUUUAUCUUAAGAUACUGAAAGAAACCACUCCUCAGGAGUUUUUGGAACCACACAAAGUUCUGCCUCCAAAUUUGUAAUUUUUUUUCAAGCAUGCACACAUAGAUUGAUGACAUUUAACAAAGUAAAAUCUUCUCUUGGGCAUACCGACUGCCUGCAACAGGAGCCCAUAUCUCUGCAGUUUCCUUGGUUGUCAUUGCAACUGCUGUUAAAGUGGGUACAAAACAGCACCAGAGAGGACAACUGGGGAGUGUUCAUAUGAACCAUCUUGAAAAGGGAGGAAGCAUGAUUAGAUGGGAAAUGCUUGUUUCUAAAUAUGCCUCAUAUGGCAAACCCCAUUCCUCAAGAACUGGGCAAGACUGAAAUACAGAUUGUACAUACAAAUAAGAGCUUAUGACAAUGCCCAAGCAUUACUGACCAAUGAAAACCCCAAGUAUUCCCUUCAGGGUCUGAAAAUAAAAAUUUGAAUAAAUGUCCUUUGAUGAAAAAAAUAAAGUUGAAGCAAAA